AUGACCAACCAGGGACAAUACCUGGAGAUUCCAAAUUUACCUGACGAAGAGCCACCGGCUUAUGAUACUUUGGAAGAUGCCUCUGGGGAGUUUGCAAACUAUGAGCAGCUUGAUAUAGAUGAACCGGCACAGAGACAAAGAAUGAGCCCGCGUGAGCUGUUCACCAAGGCCGGGGAUUUCGCAAAGAGUUUCAACAAACGAUUUUUUCGUCCUAUAAAUAACGCUCUGGACCCGGUUUACGAGCUUUAUCGAUUCAUCAGCACCAAAACCGAAAGUUACAUUUCCAAAGUCGGCAAUCCGCUUAUCAUUAAACGACUCCUAUAUGUUCUAUUUAUUGCCACAAUCAUUUAUGUUAUAUCGAUGUCUGGCUUGUAUCCGGAUGCCGCCGGGUCAUUGUAUGGAGACUUCUACGAUGUGCACAAGCUCCAUUCCUUCAUUGACUCCCACGUGGAGGUUAGCAGAAUCGAGGAAAAUCUGGAGUACUUAUCCUCCAUGCCCCACAUGGCCGGCACAGCUGGCGAUCUCGCUCUCGCUCGAUAUAUUGAGGACAUUGUUUCCGAUUCAGGACUUCAAUUGGACGGAAACUCGAAAUUCACUGCAUAUGUCAACUAUCCCGAAAAAGUUCAUGUUAAACUAUACGAGGGAGAUAAAUUAAUCCACGAUUGUGAUUUGAUCGAAAAAUCGACGGACCAAGACCAUAAUGAAAACAACGUCGAAUUGCAACAGAUGGCAUUCAAUCCGGGCUCAAAAAGAGGGUCAGCGAAGGGUCGUGUGGUCUACGCCAACUAUGGCACAUUAGAGGAUUAUAAAGUGCUGGCGGAAAAGGGGGUGAAUGUCAAGGACUCAGUCGUGGUGGUCAAAUAUGGAGGCCUUUUGAUGGAAUCCAAAAAAUUGUAUUACGCACACGAACAAGGGGCUUCUGGAGUCCUCUUCUUCAGUGACCCGAAACCCGGUUCUGCUUAUAACAUGCUAUCUAUUCAAAAAGAACCUGUCGCAUUACCAGAUUUUUAUACUGGAAAUAUGGUGAGUCCUGGCGGGGGGGUUCUCGAUCGUGUCCCAGACUAUUUUGACCUGGAUAUUAUGUGGAAUUCCAACAACUGCACGCCGCGCAUUCCAAGUGUUCCAAUCUCUUGGGAAAGCGUCAAAAACAUCAUGACUCCUUUGAAAGGACAUGGGGAGAGAUUAGAGGCAUGGGAUUUGGAUUUCGGUAAUGAAAAGGUUGAAAUUUGGACGGGAAGUGACGAGUUUAUUGUUGAUAUGUCGAACGAAGUGGCAGAAAGAAUGAAUAAGGAGGUUUGGAAUGUUGCUGGACGGAUAUCGGGUUCUGAGCAAAAUAAUCUUGCAAUUGUCAUUGGGGCAGCAAGGGAUUCUCCUGGAUUUGGUGCUGUUGACAGUACGGGAACUGCGGUUUUACUCGAGCUCAUUUCUCUGUUCUCCAACAUGAUGCGUGCAAUGAAAUGGAAACCUCUCAGAUCAAUCUACUUCGUUUCAUUUUCCGGAACAGACUACAAUAUGGCUGGUUCUACCUACUUUGCUCAGAGUAAAGGUGACUUUUUCAACCGCCAAGGAUACAGCUAUAUUGACUUGAGUGAUGCUGUGUCUGGCUCCAAGCUGGAGAUAGCCGCAGAUCCAAUUCUCCACUCAUUGAUUCAGGAUACGUUGAGUUUGGUGGAAGAUCCAGCCACAAAUAAAUCUCUUGCCGAAGUUUGGGAUAAGAACUUUUUGUCCAUGAAAGAUAAUACGAAGAACUACCAGCCGUUCAUUUCUCACUUUGGGAUGCCUUCCGCCGAAUUUCGAUUCCGGGGCAAAAGCUACCCCAAAAACAGCUGUUUAGACACAUUUGACAAUUUCAGGAAACAGAACAUAGACAGUGAAAUGCAGUAUCACAAAGCACUGACUCGAUUAGUGGCGAAAAUCAUCUUGCAAUUGACUGACAAGCCAAUCAUUCCCUACGAUAUAUUAAACAUGGUCUCUGCGAUUAACAGAAAUAUGAAGGAUUUGCGCUCUUACGUUGAGUUCAAAGAUAAGAACUCCAAAUUGGAUUUCACAAGAUUUGACACGUCCUUGGUGAAACUCAAAAGUAUUGCCAGAGAGCAGCAGUCAUUUAUCAAAACCUGGACCGAAAUUGUUAACGCUGAUUCAGGCUCAGAGCCAAACCUGCUGGCCGUGAACAGGUGGGACUGGAACGCAAAGAUCGUCCUUCUAGAAAAAAUACUACAAUCUUCUAAUGGCAUUUAUGAUCGACCAUGGCAUAAGAAUGUUCUAUUUGGAAAUGAGUUUAGAAUUCCCGAAACAAAAGAAACGUCAUUCAUCUAUGAUUCUUUCCCUGGCGUUCGGGAUGCAAUCGAUGCGGGAGACUGGAAAGAAGCUCAAAAUCAACUUGAUUUGAUCUCUGAGCUUAUGGACCAAUGUUUAGAGCUGUUUCAACUGAAUUAA